GCAGCAUUCCAGCAAGGUCGUGACGUAGAUAGGAAGCGACGGAGGUAGAGGCUGGCUUCACACUGUGCAUGCUCGUGACCUCAAUGUCAGCUCUGCUCGCUCAGAGGUUAGCCCUUUUCAGUGUGUUUAUAUUGUGCUUGCCGUAGGGAUGAUGCAUAGAUGAUCAUUUAUUUAUUUAUUUUGGGACAUCUUGCAUGUGAAUGUGCAUGGACGCAUAGCCAGGGCUGGGUUUUUUUUCCUCGUCCAGAAAAAAGGUUUUCCAGUUUGAAAAAAGUAAAAAAAAAAAAAAAUAUAUAAGCAAUAUAGCCUGAACAUCAGGCUGAGUAAUCUGCUGUGUUGAGAGCAUGUGACCAUAUAUCUGUCAAAGUAAAUAAACAAAAACCAAUCACAAAGGACAAUGCAGAAUCUGUCAGUGCAACACCCAGAGAGGAAAAGUGCCACCCUAAUAAACAAUAAAACAGCAAAGAAAGAUAUUUUCAGUUGCACCAAAACAAUGAUUUUUUUUUUCUAAUGACACAAGAACUUUAAAUACUAGUGUUCUAAUGAAGGUUGGUCAAACCAUGAGAUUACUUAACUGCUAGAAAAUGUUGUGUAACAUAAUGCAGUAGGUGUGCCACAUUCCUUGUCAACUACCACUCGGUCAUACAAAGAGGAUUCAAACAGAUUUAGUUUGUGUCUCUGUCAUCAUCUAGGUUUUUUGCAUAAUUGCAAGGACCCCUAAUGGUGACAUUGGCAAUUGGAGUUCGGGGGCAGGGAAAGGUGAGACUUACCUAAACCAGCUCCUUGUGGGAGCCGCCAUCUUCUUCCUGCCACUCUUCUUAAGCUUCCAGGAGCUAACGUCAGUGCUGUGCAGCAUUAUCGUCUAUGGAGGAGACCACGGGAGCUUAAUUUCUCUACAGCCGUCACUAAUGACUGCUGGGUGAAAUUACAAGACUUCUCGGCAGUAGCCUGGCCUUGUGUCAAGCAUUGUCAGGUGUAGGGAAAAAUACUUUAAAAAAAAAAAAAUAGUUCCUACUGAAAUCCCAACAUAGUCAAUCAUAGAAUUUCAUAAAGAUGUUAUCUUUAUGAAAUACUCAUUUUGGAGGGAUGUGGGAUGGGAUGACAAUGCCACUAAAAAAAAAAACUCCAGACACAUAAAGCCCUUCAGCUUUCUUAUGUACUUUGUUUUUGCAACCUCUUGCAUAUGUGACUGUUUAAAAGUGACAAUUUCUGUAGAAUUUGGGACAGAAACACAUGCCUGGCUGGCACUCAACAAUCCAGGGAGGUUUUCUUCCACUUCCCUUAGCUCCACAAUGCUAACAGAAGUGGCAGGUGCUAUGCUGGAGCACACCUGUCUUCCCCUAUUCCCAAUGAACUUUACUACAACUCAAGAAGUGUAGAAAAGCUGUGAUUGCUUAUAGCUUACUUACAGAGGUUUCUCAAUAAGAAGCUUCAGGUUGGUGAAUUCCUUUGCAUAGACUGAAAUAGGGUAGGGCUUGCUAAGGCUGUAGACAGCAAGUCUGUUGCUUUUGCAAGCAGUUUUUUUUCCCAUAUACACCAAAGAAAACAUACGGAAACGAAUACGGGCAUGUUUUUUGUGGAUAUAUCUACUAAAUAUUUUUUUUAAAGUCAAUGGAGUGAUCCUUUAACUUACUAAUGCAGCAUAUAAAUGCUACAGAGCAGCACUUUUCUAGUACUGCCCAUCUGCUUUGUGUCAGCUGAUCUGUGUUGUCUGGGCUCAUAAAGCCUUGAAACAGUGGGUUUAGUAUUAUGUAAAAUGAUUUCAAGAAAUAAUUGCUGGUCUGUUUUAAUGCAGACCAUAUUGAUCUUAAAAAAUAUAUAUCUUUAGUAAUAUAAGUGGAAUGCCAGUUGGCCUGUAGUUGGAGCAGUAAGAGCUUUUAAUACCAGCCUCCGAUAAAUAUUCUGUUUUUUGAUUCGUGUUCACCAUCUACUCUUACAGUAAGGCAGUUUCAUUUAAAGGAACACUAUAGUCACCUGAACAAUUACAGCUUAAUGUAGUUGUUCAGGUGAAAUCUAUAGCUCCCUGCAGGUAAUCUAAUGUAAACACUGGAUUUUCAUUGAUUGAUAGGAAUACCUCCAGUGGCCGUCACUCAGACGGCCACCCGAGGGACUUCCUAUCAUGUACAUAUCAGACGUAUUAAAAUAUGUCUGACGUGUGCAGGAGAGAGAAGGCACUGUGUGCACGCCUUCUCUCUCCUGCCUGUCAGCAGAGGAGAGGGGGCGGGCAAAGACCGCGAGCUUAGCUGUAAGUCAGCUCGCGGCCGCGCACAUGCACGGUAGUACGCUCAGGACUUCAUAGGGCGGCAUGAAUGCCGCCCUCUGAAGUAUGUGCGCAUGUGCGGCGAACCCGCGCAUGUGCACAAGGGAGCAAUGACGCUUCCGAAUGGAAGCGUCUGAUUGCUCCCUGCUCGUGCCCGCCUAUUUUGUCAUUUUGACGAAAUAGGGGGUGCGGCUUCACGAGGCUCCCGACGAGGUGAGUAAAAAGGGCUGCCUGGAGUGUCCCUUUAAGAGACACUGUAUGCAAUAUAACCAUUACAUCCAAAUGUUUUUUUUGUGCUGUCAGAAGUCUGUUGCCAAGUAUUUUUGUUAGUUUUACACAACAAAAAGGCUUUUUUCUUGCCAUCCAGAGUUCACACCAUUUGAUUUGAUAAUGUAGUAUUUACACUUCAGUAAUGCAUGUUUAAAUAAUGUCCAACUUGUAUAGGAGUUCCAGUGUGGUACUUACAUAGCUGACAUGUGUCUCCAUCAAGUUCAGCCUUUCUCACAUCUGCGCUGGGCCAUCCCAGCACUUGGUGCUCUAAGUCAAUCACCACCACCCAGCUUGGACAGAACUUAUAUGGAUAAUGCUGAAGUGUAAAUUCCUCAUUAUCAUAUUAUGACUGGAGAGGAAGCAGGUUAUGGUUACUGGGAGACCUCAAAUUUUUGUCAAAGUGCCAUCAAGAGGUAGAAUGAGCUAUAGUGUUUGUUUCCUAGGGUGUCUCUUUAACAAUCACUGCCUAUGUGAUUGCCAACCCUAUUUGUAGACAUUUUCGAAUUACACAUUCAAUUUUUUUCAUUUCUUUUAACUUUCUUUUUCUCAGGGAUAUUCUUGGCCAUCGUCAUGCUAUGUGCAGCCUGGGUUCCCCUUCGAAUGGGGAUGGGAAUAGGACAAUCAUUCACCCGAAAUAUGGGGUCACUGACUACUAAAAUGGCAGAAUACAGAAAAAUGUGGAAGCCAGUUGAGCCCAAGGACUGGACUGUGCAAUAUCAAGAGAGACACAUCCCUUACACUAAAUGCCAGCUAGUACAUCAUUUGCUUCAGGUAUGUGCAACUGUUAUAAUUGUCUAAACCCGGGGUAGUCAACCUGGUCCCUACCACCCGCUAGUGGGCGGUUUGGGAUUUUAGGUGGGCGGUGGUAGGUUCUGCAGAAAACGCCCAGUGUGCCUUGAUUGCCGUGGACCAAGGCCAGCAGGGGAGAUCCAUUCAUCUCCCCUGCCGACCCAUGCAGAGCCAGCCUUGCUGUAAGCUUUCUCGGGCUGGUGAGGAGAUCAAAGAUCUCCCUCACCGGCACGCUGUCACUUAAUUCCAGCAGAGGGAGGGAAGGGUCUGGGAGGCCCUGUGUUCCUCCUGCGAGCAGUCUGGUAAGAGUGUUGCUGCGCAUUACCAUGGCAAUGCUCUGUUACAGUGCUGUGCUUGCAGGAAGACAGGAGACUCAGCCUGCAGCAUUAGGAGCUGCAGACUAAAGUGAACAUGCUAUCACUUGUCCACCAGGGCUUUCAGCAUUAUGCCCCUUCUCUCUGGUAAAAGGUAAGAAGGGAGGGGUAGACAUUAAGAUAGAUUUUCACAGCAUAGACCCUGUGCACCCUUCACACACUACACCCACAAGCACAAACACAGACUGCCCCCUCACACACUCAACCCCUCACAUGCACUGCCCUCUCACACACUGCACCGUUCACAAACACUGAACCUCUCACACACUACACCCACAAACACAGACUGCCCCCUCACACACUCCACCCCUCACACGCACAGCACCCUUCACACACUCAAGCACACAGCACCUUUCACACACACUGCACCCUUCACACACACACACACACACACUGCACCCUUCACACACACACUGCACCCUUCACACAUAGAAUGUGACGGCAGAUAAGAACCAUUCGGCCCAUCUAGUCUGCCCAAUUUUCUAAAUACUUUCAUUAGUCCCUAGCCUUAUCUUAUAGUUAGAAUAGCCUCAUGCCUAUCCCACGCAUGCUUAAACUCCUUUACUGUGUUAACCUCUACCACUUCAGCUGGAAGUCUAUUCCAUGCAUCCACUACCCUCUCAGUAAAGUAAUACUUCCUGAUAUUAUGUUUAAACCUUUGUCCCUCUAAUUUAAGACUAUGUCCUCUUGUUGUGGUAGUUUUUCUUCUUUUAAAUAUAGUCUCCUCCUUUACUGUGUUGAUUCCCUUUAUAUCACACACACUGCAUUUUUCACACACACUGCAUCCUUCACACUCACACUGCACCGUUCACAAACACUGAACCUCUCACACACACACUACAUCCUUAACACACGAACACACAGCACCUCACAGACACACAUAGAAAAAAAAAGUAGAAUAGAAAAAAAAUGGAUACAUUUACAUACAUAUUUUUUUAAAAAAACCCCUGCUUUUUAAAGAAAAAAAAAAUUGCACUUGCACUUUAAAAUUAGUUACUGCGACACUGGUGGGCGGUAAGGAAAUUUUGCCAUCAACAAAGAUACAAAAGUGGGCGGUAGGUAUUAAAAGUUUAUCCACCUCUGGUCUAGACACUGUUUAGUUGUAUGCAUUUUGUAACAUUGUAAUUCUGAAGGGUUUACUCACCAAACACUGCGCUUUAGUGAAGAGUAAGUUGAAUGGCAAAAAAAUUAUUUUUAUACAUUAGCAGUUUAGUUUACAGUUCACUUUAAUUUGAUAUUUAAUGAAUAAAGCCUUCAAUGUUAGUUACUAUAUCAAUUUUGCCACUUUUACAAUGUGGUUGUUCAACCAUACACAUACACAAGCCAACUUAUCUAAGUAAUUAUUGUGGUGGGAUGCUGUCCUCAGUGGUCAAUUAUUGUAAUAUUUAAAAAAACAGGGCUUUGAAGUGGAACUUCUAGCUCUGUCUAGAUGCCCUGUCAAUCACUGUGAAUGGAACUACACUUUCAAGUUCUGCGCACACUGAUCUCCACUGACUUGAGAUCAGCAGGGCUUGCUGGCAUAAAAGGUACUGCUCCCAUGCAGCUAUUGCUAGCAAUGCCACAGACUUUACCUGUCUCUGUGAUGGUUGAUGCUGUGAGUGGCAGACUAGGUGUCACAUAGACAGGGAUAUUUAUUGGAAUUGGCACUUGGACAUACAAGUUCGCACUUCAGUGCUAAUAAAAUUGAGAUUUUUUUUUUUUCAUAAUGCCAUGUGAUGUCAAGUAUAACCUAUAGAACAGAAAGGAAGCACUUGUCUCAAUAUGCUCACAUCAAAUGUUUUUUUUUUUUUUGAGGCCAUAUUACAAUACAUAAAAUACAGUACACUCCACAUUAAAUAACUAAAGUAUAUAAAAACACGAACACUCUCCACCUUCGAAACCCUUUGCACAAGCCCCUCGAUCCCACCACACGCAAUCUCACUCCUAUACACACUACUAAUCACACCUCCCACCGAUGCUCCUCUCCCUUACUUCACCAGAUACUGGGAAAAAGAUCUAGGACACCCACUCACCAGGGAACAAUGGACCACAGUGUUUACGCUCAUACACAAAGCCUCUAUAGCCACCAAAUACCAGGAAGCAGGAUAUAAAAUGAUCUCUCACUGGUACCGAACACCGGAGAAAUUGUCAGCAAUGAUGUCCACCUGUGAACCAGAAUGUUGGAGAUGCAGGAAAGAACUGGGAACCCUCUUCCAUAUAUGGUGGACCUGCCCACUCAUCAAACCAUUCUGGACGGAAAUCCACAAAGUCCUAGAGACCGUAACGGACGCGAAGCUACAACUUACACCCGAAACCUAUCUACUCCACCUGACCCCGCUCCCCUUCAACAGAUACAAAAAAUCUGUAAUCCCGCAUCUCCUGAAUGCGGCUCGCAGCCUCAUUCCGGGACACUGGAAACGACCUACGGCCCCGACACUCAAUGAAUGGAUGAUCAGAGUAGAAGACAUCAGACGUAUAGAGGAGCUCAUCCUCUCGGCGACGGGACGCAUACAACGCUACCACGACACCUGGUAUCAUUGCUCACAAUGGCUCACCUCUGCCACAGCGCCGGGAGACGGGGACUUACAGCCCUCAGAUACAGAAGAAGAGCUGUCCCCCCGGGUCGGGGCAGGAGGAGCUGGGCCGAGGCCUGGGCUGUUCCCCGCCUAACCCACCCCUAACUCCCCAUACCUCAUCCCGCUUAACCUGAAACCACCCACACCCCCCGGUCCCCAUUCUUCAUUACCCCCCCCCUUGCCCCCUCCUGGGCGACUUCGCCCACCUACAACCCUUCAGAGACAAAACAACACAGAGAUGAAUAAUCAUGACACAAGACAAACAACACUCACCCCUCACUCCUCCUCCCCAAACACAGAUCGAACGGCAUGCACCGUACCCUUGUGUGUCCUGACGGGACAGGACCAUGACACACGACAGAGACAUACACAAGACAGCACGCCAGAGACAACACUCACGCUACACACAACACGACAACUACCGGGCCAGAAACCCCCAGCUUUCUCCCCCAGCUACCAGACGGCUCUGAGCGCAGCAACAUUUAGACACACAAACCAAUGCUGCCCACAAAUCCCACCCCACCCCCGCUCAUAACACUAACAGACCGGCUCCGAGCUCCAUGCCCGAAGUCCCAACAAAAGACCCACCCCACUGGACCUCACCAACGCAACCCAGGGCAUAUCCCCACUAAAUGAGACCUCCACAUGCAUACCCAUCUAACCGACGCAACCCCAUAUACUAAAGCAAUAUGAGCAGUACAACCUGUUAGGUAUACCUAAUCCACCCCCAAAAUAAACACCGAAUCACAUCCCCCACUAGAACUCAUAACUCUGUAACUUACCGCAAAACUACCCACACCAUACCACAAAUGUUGAAUGACUCAAAACACGCAACUGUUUCUAAAAAUUCUGUCCACUAUAUGCGCAUGGUCCGAUCUUCACUUGCCAUGACGAUGGGAUCAACUCAGUGAGUUAUCAAACCCCACGGCACUGGCAUACCCACGUACAUAUUUUAUAUUUUUUAUGCCUGAACCAUUACCUGCUCUGUAAAUUAACUGUUACCAUGUUAUAUUAAGAUGCCCAUGUACCUUUUACCUGCUGUACCCUUCUUCACACUGGCUUGUUACGCGAAUUUAAAUCAAAAUAAAAACUUUUGAAUAAAAAAUAAAAAUAAAAAAAAGGUAUGUCCAAGAAAUGGCCAUACAUUGCAGAUCAUAUUGUGUCCUGUACCGAGUUUCAUCAUAUGAUCUGCAAAUUGAAAUAACUUGACUCAUUUCAAACUCAAAAGCAAAUGUAUUCCAUCUGUCUAAUGACAGCACUAGUGAUGGAAAGAUAAUUGAAGAUAAUGCCAGCUUUAGUGUACUAUUAAUCUUGAUUUUAAUAACGACAGGAGGCGAGUAUUUUGCAUAAUCUUUACUACUCCAUAGCAGCAUAGACAUAUAGAUAAAAAAAAAAGGAACCAAUCAGAGACAGGCAGAGAGUAUAAGAUACACUUUCCACUGAGACACUUCCUCUUGAUAACGGCUGUCACGGCAAGGGUGCAUAAUUUAUUAUUACACUAUGGAAUAUUGCUAUUUAAUAUGACUUGUGUAGUUCAUCAAUAAUUUGACCCCUGGGUAGAGGACAAAUGGCAGAGAGAAAUUGCUCUUUUGAUCAAAAGGGGCUUCUGCAAGGUCUGAAAAGGAUUGCCCUCUUGAUCUAUCAAGGGCCCUGCAAGGUGAGACAUUUUACACUUGAGUCGCCUGUAUGUCUAGUUUCAAUGUAAACUAACUGACUUUGACCAUAUGGCCUGAAACUCUCAAUUGAUAGUUCAAUCCUUUGAUAUGGUAAUGGUAUUAGUUUCAUGAAGACCCUGGUGUUCCAGUAUCAUAUUCAAGAGAAACAUUAAUACUUACCCACAGCAUAAAGGAUCACAAACCUUAUUUCCAGCGCCGCGCGGGUCCUCCGACGCUGGCUCUGCCCCCUUUGUGACAUCAUCAAAAUGGACAAUUUUUUUGCCAAUCCAAUGCUUUCCCACAGGGCUAAAAUCGGCACAUGGCGGGGCCAAAUACCACUUUGGCCAAUCAGGACCUCCUUAUAGAGAUGCAUUGAAUUAAUGCAUCUCUAUGAGAAAAAUUCUGUCUCCAUGCAGAGCGUGGGGCGCUGAACGGCAGGGCUGCUUACUGUGCAGCCCUGAGCCAGGAAGCCCCUCCAGGGGCCAUCUAAGGAGUGGCCACCUGUAGGUGUCCCUAGGGGCAAUGUAAACACUGCCUUUUCUAUGAAAAGGCAUUGUUUACAGGAAAAUGCCUGAAGGGAGCUAUUAUACUCACCACAACAACUACAUUUAGCUGUAGUUGUUCUGGUGACUAUAGUGUCUCUUUAAUAAUUAGGCCUCAUUUUUAUUAUAUUUGGAAUGGAAUAAGCCUAAACAUGACUUGCACAACUUGGAUCGCUGUUAGGGCAUGUGACGUGUCUAUGGGAUUGGAAAAUAAUAACAAAUUCAUAAAUGCAAUUAUUAUUUCUGUGGCGGGUACAUAAGAGAAGAUAGAGCCAAAUGCUUCCAUUUGGAUUGACAUUGGUCUUGAACAAGGGAGGUGGUCACUUAUUAUUUCUAUAGGUACGCCUUAACUUCGCCCCUCCCUGGGCAAGACUUGAUAAUCCACAGGGUAUAUAUCCAAUGAUUUGGAGGGGUGUUGGUGUACUUGCUUUGGGGCCAAGAUCUAAUUUUGAUUGAGUCACCAUCAUCCUUCCUUGCCAGAGACCCCCUGGGCAGAAGUUUUACUUUAAAAACCUAAGCAAGUAAUUAGGACUUCUGUUAUUUUAUCCUUUUUUUUUUUUAUCUGUUGUGGGUGUAAAUAAUUUGUUUAUCAUAUAUUUUGUGUGCACUGUAACUAUUUUUUGCUCAUAAUAAACAUUAAUUUAUUAAGUCCUGCCUUUGUCUGGUUAAGAAUCACGCUACCUGAAGAGACUAAUUAGUAUUUUGCAAUUACAUAGAUAUUGUGCUGAUUAAUAUUUGGUGGGUUUUUAUUACUGAUUUACCCGGGGAACCAAGGCAACAUCACAAAUCACACGAUCAACUGAAGAACCAUACGGAAUAACGAAGACAGUUUAAAUUCCAGGAAAGAUGAAGUACCGUUCAAUUCAUUCAAAACUGGGAACUACGAAUGAUGUAGAAGAUCUUUGUGUCUUUUAAGCGGAAAAAGAGCAUUUUAGUGAUAUGAAAUGUAAACCUGAACAAUAUGAGUAACCCUCACAUAAAAGGUCAGAAAUUCGUCCACUUGACCCAUGAAUAGCAAGCUGAGAGGUUACACUUCCUCGUCCCAGAGUAUAUCUCUAGCCAUUGACGAUAAGUCAUCGGCGCAUCAAACAUCCCCAAAAGACUCCAGGCCACUAAAGAGAGAUGAACUUCUUUUAGCAUGGGAUAAGGAUUCCCCAUGGAAUCCAUGAGUAUCAUCUGAUCUUCUGUUAAUAGCGGAGGGUCCUGGUAUGACAGUGCGAGGAGAUCUGGGGACCAAGGUUGACUCUGCCACUGGGGCGUCACCAGGGGACUUUCCACUUCCAGCGAGCUGAUGUGGUGAACCACUCUCGCGAAUAUAGCAAAGGGGGAAAUGCGUAAGCCCCUUUGGUCAGCCAUGCCUGCAGGAUUGCAUCUACCGCUGCACCCUCUGGGUCUGAUAAUCAGUUAUAGAAAGUUGGCGGUUGGCGCUAGAUGCGAAAAGUUGAUCGUGAACGGACCCCUCAAGUUGUUCAGUGUUGCUAAUAUGUGUGGAACUAGGUGCCAAUCGUUGUUGUCCCUCCAGUGUCGAGAGGUUUCCCCAGGAAGAUGUUCCGCCAUCAAUGUGGUAUUGCAUGGUAGGCAAUAGUUGAAGAUUUCCUUUGUGAGGUGCGUCAGUGUCUGAAAACAAAUGCCACCUAAGUGUUUUGAUGUAACGAACUGCAGAAAAAUUGUCCAGCAGGAUACAGUAAUCUGAUCUCCCUUUCAUCAGAUUUCGGAUAGCCGAGGCGCCUGCCAACAAUUCCAAGCAUGUAUACCGUCAAGCCACAUUGUCGGAUUUCUUAUGUCAUGGGUACAGGUGAAAGAAGGUGGUUGCGAUUCUGGUCGGAGAGUAGAAUGUCUUCCAGGUAAGCCGGGCAUAGUAUGCCUUGACUUCGUAAGUGAGCCAUCACUGGUUUCAGAAACUUUCAUACAGCACUGUGAUGCCGAACUGAGCCUGAAGGGGAGGCAGGUGAGUUGCCAUGGUGUCCCAUUCCAGAGGAACCGUAAGAAGGGACGACUGCCGUUGUCUACUGCUACAGGUGGGUAAACCAGUCUCCUCCUUGCCAGAGGUGCCGCAAUUGAAAUGGUGGUAUGUAAAAAUGUUUAACCAGGAAAGAGGCAUUCAGAUAUUUUCUGGUUUCCAAGUGCAUCCUAUUGAUGUAACUUUUACCCAAUUUAAUGGUAUUCAUUUUAUCUACAUUGAAGGGCUGAGUCAACUCUGCUUGGGAAAUGAAACUGUGACCCCCAAGGGUUAAGCAGAUUCUUCUGACUAAGCAUUAGCAUUCAUGAAAGGCUCACCAAAUGAUUUAGUCGUGCCUGUGGGCCCAAUUCUUUAGCCCCAAUGUUUACCAUUUUGCCAUCAAUUCAGAAUAAGGCUGCCCAGCGUCUCUCUGAAAAGAGGGCCACAUUUGAGUUGCCCAGGGAGCAAAACACCUCUGAGUAUACUCACAAACAUCGUGCUCUCCGUCGCGCGUUGUCUGCUGAAAGGAGUCAGCCUGGGUGUAUACCUCAUCCGUUAGGGUCAGAACCCAGGCAAGUGGCCCGACGGCAUCGAGGAGCUUAUCCUGGGGUCCCUUGAACCCUUUCUCGACCCCUUUCCUUGGGUCUCUACCCCCUCGUGCCAUGAAUGCCAGCAUCAUCUAGUCCAAUUCUGGGGUAUAGACGACCUUAUCCGGAGUUCACUCUGAUCUCAGCCACUUGCGGAUUUCCUUCUACAGUGCCUUUCGUAGCCAGAAGUGAAUGUGUCCAGUCUCCCGAGCGUGGGUGGCGAAUGUUUCUCGGGUCCAACAGCGUUGGCCCAUGGCGUCAAAAAAAAUUAGUUUAGUAAAAUGUAAAUGCAGUAAAUGCAGCAGCUAGCAUAAGCUGGGGUACAUUUAUACAUCAGAGGCUCACCCCUGUUUAAUUGCUAACAACCGGCAAGCGUUAAAUGGCCCCCUGCGGAUCUCGCGAGGCACAAUCCAAAGUGGUCACGGUAAAAAACCUGCAAAAUGUGUUCGCAGGAAAUGUGGCGAAUGGUCGCUUGAAAUAAAGCGAACAGAGACAGAACAGUAAUACAGGAAAAAACAAAACAGAGGAAAAACGAACACAGAAAACUUGUAAACGAGUUAGUUCACGAAACAAACAACCCAAAGGGAAACUACCGAACGCCGAGGAUAUGCGUUUGGGAGUAGAACAGUCCAAAGGGUCAACCAGGAAUUAAUACAAACCACCGAAUGCGCAUUGGUUUGAAUACGCAUUCGGUAGAUUGAAGGAUGAAAAACAGGCGUAUGCAAACGCAAGAAACCCAUGCGAACGCCUGACAGAAAAUACAAACCACCGAGCGCAAAUAGAUAUAUGCGUUCGGUAGAUUUGAAAGGAGAGAAUAGGCGAAUGCGGGCACACAUGUAAGCGCGCAAAUGCAGAAACCUGACAGGCGGGAAAUCUCCACAGCGCCACACGAUCUGUGGCGGUGGAAGAGUGUCUGUGGAGUGGUGAGCGUAGCCACAAGGAGAACAUUUUAUGAGAGGGGCUUACCCUCUAAUAAUGAAAUCAGUAUUAUGUACUGACAUAAACUGUAAAAUAAACUGAAAACGGACAGGAAGCAGUAUAAAUAUCAGUAUUGGGCUGAGUUUAUGAGAGGGACUCGCCCUCUAAGAAUGAAAUCAGUAUCAUGUACUUACAUAAACUGUAAGAGUAACAAAAAACCGACAGGGAAUAAAGGGGAUAAAGUAGGCACACAGACAUCCCAAGUCUAUACCUUACAAAACAAAAAACCAGCGUCCCCACUAUCGGAUAAAACCCUACAUAAAUACAUAUACAGUAAGAAAAGAAAGAAAUCAAGUUACACAGCUGAAAAGAGACUUGCGUCCAAGUUCAGCCUUCCUCACAUAUGUUUUUGCUGUUGAUCCAAAAGAAGGCAAGUAAAUAAGUAAAAUUAAGUAAAUAUAAAAGACAAGCCAACAAAGUGUAGACACACAAUAUUCUGACCUGACUUGUGAUGGAGCAGCAAAGAAAGAGGAAGUGACUCCAUGGAAGGCAUAUCUUAUACUUUCUCCAUUUAAAAAAAUAAAUAAAAUUUUUUUAAUGUCUUUGCUGCUAUGGAGUAGUAAAGGAAGAUUGUGCAAAAUAUGAAGUCUCCUGUCAUGUGAUACAAUUUCACUAAUGGAAUAGGUCAAAAGGUUGUUCACCUCUGACCUACUCUAUCUAUAUCACAUGCAUUGGUUGGAGCAGUUCCUAAUGAUUCCAAACUCAGUCAGCCUGCUAAAAACGUUGUGAGUCGGGAAGCAUUUAAAAAAAAAAAAAAGUUUUGUACUGCUUUACCAUGUACCGGUUCACAUUAUGAAACUCAGAGGUUCAGUGCAGUUGCCUUCCUAUGUCUGCCUUUUAAAGUGCUCUGAGCAGAUACAGAACCAGGUGUUUGGAUUUUGUCAACACUUAGCCGUUGCAAUUAGACAUUUUUAAAAGAGGCUGCAAUUCUGGCAUUCUGCAUUGGUAUAUCAGUCUGUGGAAUAUCUGAAGUCUGAAGGCUAUUCUGUUUGGAUCCCGGUAACUCUGUGCAGUUGGUAAGGAGCUAGCAAUCAUGCUUUCUUUUUCAUCUAUUCAUGUCAUGUUUUUUGGUGCUAUAGUUAUGCUGCAUUAAUGCCAUAAUAUAUGUUAUUAUGCUAGUACUACUGUUGAUUUUGAUUUUGAGAUAUUUUCUCACACAGUGGAUUUUAAGAGUAUUGUAACUUUUUUUUUAUUUUGCUGAUUCCUUAGUUUUCUUUCUUCCUGAUUCAAUUCUAUUCUCUAUUUUUCAGAUUUUCUGUUCAUGUGUAUUAUUCAGGUAGGGCAUUCUUUCUUGUGGAUGCUGUUGUAGGAGUAUUUUUUUUUUCUAAUGAGCAGAUUAAUUUGGUUUUAAAUAUUAGCUGUUUCCUUCAUGGCAUCUUCAUCUGUUCUAGAAUAGCAGCCAGAUUGUGUGGUCAACAUCCUGCCCCGGCAUCUCCAGAUGUUGUAUUCUUUAUUUGCCAGGCAGUAGCAGGAGUCAUGCAGGCAGCCCAGUCUCAGAAGACACUCCAGCUGGGACCUUGGAAGACCAGAUAGUAAUUUCUGAGCAGGAAUAUGAGAGGGAUUAUGCCAGAGAGAAGAAGAUUAUCAGGAGCCACUGUCGCCGUACUUACCCAAUCGACAUGCUGCUCCAGCAUAUCUGUGCUCCCAAAUGCGCCAAUCAUAUGCCAAUAUGACACCUAUCGUCAUUUCCAGUUAUAGGAGAUCCACGUCAUCACUGCAACCUUUUUACUACACGUUUUGGGGUCGCAUGGGUGGACCAAUCAGAGUCUACCUUUGUAUAUAAAUGAAGUUUUAGCCCCAUGGUCAUUCCCCUUUUGUAGAUACCUCUUUGUUCCUCAUUCAGUGCAUUAUAGUAUUAUUAUUAUUUUCGCCACUUAUCAUUAUACGUUAAACCCGGUCAUUCUAAACUUCAUUAAUAUGUUCUUUUCUGUUUUCCUAUCUCUGACCAUAGAAUUGCAAGUUGGGUAGUGUAUUUGUGACAGUCUCUUACCAAGGCAGUGUGGAAAACUUAGCCAAGAAAACACUCUAGAACAUUUUGCUAACCUAAAAAAGAAAGAGCUUGCUUUCGUUUCACAUGAGACCUUAUUCAAGAAGAAUUGUUAAAAGUAAAGAAGCGAGUGUGUAUACAGGGGAAAGUGUCUAAACUUUAGCCCUUUUAAGCAAGCUCCUUCAGAUCAUGGGUUACCCCCUCAAAGGUAGUUGCUGCUAUAGUAGGGCUGGCCAAAAGAACAUAUUUUCCUGUUGAUGAUGCCAGUUCUCUGAAAGAAAAUUUGGGGAGGCUAAUUUUUACGAACCUCUGAUUUAGCAGUAGGUGCAGGACUCCAUUCAGUGGCAGCAUUUACUUCUCCAAGGCCCUAGUGUAUUGGACAGAUGAUCUAGCAGAAGUCAUCAGGGAAGGUAUUAGCAGAUCUCAACUUGUGGAAGCAUCCGUGGCUAUGGAGGAAGCUAGUCGAAGAGCUCUACAGUUGGAAACAUGGGAAGACUGCUUUUAGCUCCUGAUUUCUAUAGUGUUCCAGUUUGUCAGUACCAACCAGGGAAGCAGUCCUACUAAAAUCAACCAUGAAGGCGCAUCUAGAUUCCAACUAGUCAUAAAAGAUGUGAAAAGGAGACCGUUUCAUCUACUCGUUAGUAGAUUGUUAACAUCUUCCCUAACAAGGUCUGCCGAGAGCGACUUGGUCUUGUCAGAACACCUUUUAUUUAUCAAUAUCGUCUGAAUGCCAAAUGCAUAAUUUGGGAAACCGCCUAGCUACUGCUGUUUGUUUUCCAUUUCUUGUGAUUUAAAAAUAUGUAUAUAUUUUCAGCAGUUUGCUUAUAUAUGCUUGGGCAUUUCCCAAGUAAAGUGCUGCCAUGUUUGUGAACGGAAUAAAUUAAUUCUUAAUUAAAGUUAUAUUCCUUUUCUGAUAAUGAGCAAUGGCAAAACUGCAGCUUUUUUAUGUGGCUUGGUUAAGGAAAUUCAUGUAUUAUGCUUAUAAAAGGUAUUUAUAGAUUUAUGAUUAUAUUUCCUUAUGAAAGCGAUAUGGUUCUGUUGCACAGCUGUCUUACUAUUCCCUCAAAAAAUUAUAUAUAUUUGUUAUUAUUUAUUUUUUUGCUCUAGCACAUUGUGCAAAUAUAAACCCUUGAGGGGUUCUAUUAUUAAAGAAAGACCAUCUAAUUUUACUGUCCUAGAAAACUAGGUUCUCUUACAGGAAUAGGGAUGGGAUCAUUGAGAUAGAAUGGCUUGAAGCAGUUGUCAUAUUUCACAUUUAGGUGUUUUCUCUUGGACAUAUUAAUUGGUUGAAAUAUCCUGCCCUACAGCUGCUGACCUUCUUAGGUUAAAGGGCAAAUCUAGUUGGAUGUAAAUUGAACCCAGGUGUCAUUGGACAAUUUCAUUAACUACAAUAGGUUUUCUAUAGUAUAUGGAAUAUAUAUAUAUAUAUAUAUAUAUAUAUAUAUAUAUAUAUAUAUAUAUAUAUAUAUAUAUAUAUAUAGUAAGAGAUUAAUUGCAUACAUAGAGGUAAAUAGACAACUGUGAGCCUGUAUUAUUUAUUAUUUUUAUUUUUUUAAAGGAACACUAUAGUGUCAGGAAUACAAACAUGCAUUCCUGACUAUUGCCGGGAUACAUGUUUAUCCCGCGGCACCCCUCUGUGGAGAUAAAAGAUUUUUCACUGAAAAGGCAAUGUUUACAUUGAAACGCCUGUAGGGACAGGCUAUAAACACCAGAACCACUACAUUAAGCUGUAGUGCUUCUGGUGACUAUAGUCUCCCUUUAAUUUUACCACUUAUGACUGUGCAUUUAACAUCUAGUACACAUGAAUACAUUUAAGGGUAUAAACUGAUGUGUAAAACAAAAACUAGGUUGUGAAAUGUUUACCUCAAUAUGUAUGUGCACCUAUUUUCAUAUUUAACUUAAAUAGUCUCAUAAUGUUCCACAACUGAUGCUGCAUUAUACAUUUAUUUGCUAAAGAGUGAAUCGUAGUGAAUUGAGAAAAUACUCUCUCUUUACUUGUUUUGAUACCCAUGGACAAGGCAUGAUCCUGGCCUUCAACCACAGAGAAGUUAUGAUGUAACAAGUAUGAUAAAGGCAGUGGGUGUUGGUAUAUUUGGUACACUGCUAAUUCUAGUGGCUAUGGUGGUGUAGGAUACCAUCUCUGCAUUCUUUAUUUACAGACGUUAUUGAAACUGGCGAAACAGCUUUUUAAAAUGUAGCCCUUUCAAUCAAAAAAAGCCAGGAAAUACACUUACAGGAUCUCAUACCAGUAAGUAAUGUCAACAAACGUAAUGUACUGACAUUAGAAGAACUCAUCCGUAUUGCUCCUUGUAUUUGUGUUGUUUAAUGCUAGUGCACAGAAACCUGUACACUCUGUGUUUUGUUUUGACAAAGCUUUGAUAUGAGUUCUUGAAAGUGUGGCUCUUCCCUGUCCCUAUGCAUAUAUAAAUAACUGAAGGUUUGUAGUAUUACUCCAAUAGCCAUUAAAGUGUAAGCUCACCUGCCAUGUUACGGCAGGUAACUUUAAAAUAAAUAAAUAAUUUCCCUAAAGUUCCACUUUAUGGAUAACUGGUAAAGCUAAAUAAACUGUCCCUAUUAUUUUUAGGAUUUUUACUCUAUUGAAUCUGAGAAGAACUCGUUUUUGUCAUUUGUGGAUCAGCUGGAGAUUUCACUCCUUCAACCUUAUCACUCCAUCUUAGAGAAACUUCAGGUAACCUUUCAAUCUAGUCUUUUAUUUAAAUACCAAUCUCUGCAGCUGAGGAUAAGUAAGUGUAUUAGGCGUAUCUUUAUUUAUUGGCCGUACUAUAACUCACUGGCUAUAGCUGCAGUUUCUGGAAGAUGCCACUCCCCCCCUCCCCCCCCAAGGUCAUGUUAAACUUUCAUCCUUUUGAGUCCAUAAAAGAAGUGCCAUCCAGUUCGAUAAUGAUGAUGGAUGUAUGGAUGAUUUGAAAACUUGUGAGGUUAAUUUAGUAUAAUUAUUUCUCUAUAUACUUUCGUUUAUAGCUCACUGUCAAUGCUGCUUUAAUGUGUUUUCAGUGCAAGAGGCACAUUUGUUUUAAAAGUAAAAUGUGCAAAUAAGUAUUGUAACAGUUGUUAAUCUCUGAUAAUCUGUGUUCAGUGCAGACUUGAUAUAUAACUAAAGUGAACCCCGGCUAAUGUAAAGCAUUACCAUACUAUGAGCAUGGAGUUUACGAGAGACAUUACACAAGGUCUGCUUCCAGCAGAGAGAGAAAGACCACAGGUUGUCCACACUGAAUCACUAGGGAUAGGCAUGAUGACCUCACCUUCCUAACCCAAAGGAUUAAACUAUAUAUAAUUAUGUGUGUGUAUGUAAGUUAAAGUUUAUAUACAGAAACAAAUGUAAGCCCCAUCCCACCUGCUAUACACCAAGGGUGCCCAAAAGGUAGAUCCCCAAAUGUUGUAAAGCUACAACUCCAAUGAUGCUUUGCAUGCCUUUAGAAUGACAAAGCGUCAUGCAAGUUGUAUUUUUAAAACAUCUGGGGAUCUACCUUUUGGGUACCCCAGCUCUACACAAUCUAUAUCCCUUAUCACAUAAUAAAUACCUUACACAGCACCCCUGUAUAUACCCAGCACACACUACAUCAAGCUUUAUACCAUUAUCCUAAUACACUAAGGAAUGUUGAAAAAAUUUUCAAUAAAUCCUCAAAUUAUCACAAUUUAUAUGUUGCAUACAUUUCUAUGGUGUUUCAUUUUUUUUUUUUUUUUGUAUCUACUGGAUGCAGAUUAGAAACACUUUCUUCUGUUUGUUAUUCACUAUUGCUUGUAUUGUCUCCCUUCAAGGCACUGUAUGAUCCUAUUAAUCCAGAUCGAGAUGCUUUGCUGGAAUCCAGUCUCACAGACUCUGAGAAACUAUCCAAAGAAAAAGAGGUCUUGGAGCAUCUGCAGCCAGUGCUGGAUCAGGCGAAUUUCAAUGUUUUGUCAGAGGAUGCUCUGGCGUAUGCCCUCAUAGUGCAUCAUCCUCAGGAUGGAGUACAGGUACAAGAUUUAAAACUAAAUAAAUAAAAGUUGACAGACUGUAGAUUGCUUCAUUUGUUUUUGUGGCACAUAAUAUAACACUUUGUCGAGAAUAUUCUCACCUGUUAUUUUCUUUUGGGGAUGUGAUUGGUUAUGUUCUGAACAUGUCUGCUUUGGAACAUAGAGCUAAAAUAUUGUAUGUGUAAUCUUUCUUACAUUAAACCAUGAGAGCAUAUACAACUUUUUUUUUGAGUUUGAGAGAAAAUUGAAAUUGUAUUGCACAUAAGUUUACAGAUGGAAUAGGGUUAUACAGAUAUAUCAUUCACAUCUCUUUAUCUUAUUUAAGAAUUAUUUGUGUGUCUUUUUUUUAUAUUGCUCACAAAAUAAAAUUUUAAAAUGCUUAUUCUAUUUUUAGGUUCAGGUUAAUCUUGAUAAAUAUGAAUAUAUCAAAUACUGGGCCCUCGGACAGCGGUUGGGACCCCUAUCAAUGCAGUUAACUACCAAGACCCAGGAUUCCAUCUUCUCUAGGUCUCCUCGCACCCCUCCAGAAAGGCAAGACUCAUUUCUGGGUGCUCUUCAUGUUCAAUGUAAAUAUAGACUGUAAUUAAGAUAAUUUACAUAAAAAAUUAAUAUAAUAACUCUGACAUCUAGUUUAUAUAGACUUUAAAUAAAUCCUGUUUAAGUCAAAUGUUUAAUGUAGGGUUCAAGCAUUGAGUACAUAUAUACAUUAAUUGCGACUGUCUCCAGUUAUUAGGUAAGCGCGAUAAAUGGUGGAAGAGAUAGAGGGAUACUUUUGUAGACUGAUUUGUAAAAUGUACCCUUUCCUCUUGGGAAACAAUGGGGGUGGAUGUUAGUUUUACAGGCCUGAGCAACACUAGUUUUCAAUGCUAUUAUAGUAGUAUUGUGCAUGCCUAGCUGAAAGUGGGGAAACCUAUCAAGGAUAAGAAUUUCUGGCAACCACUUUAAGGAAAUACCUGUCACUGAGAUAAUAGUGUCUUGGAUGCUAGACAAGAGCAGUAAGGGCAGGUCCAGAAGGUAUGCAAAUGUAUGCCAAUAGUUUUACCACAACACCAGUAAAGAAGGAAUAAUGAAAGAGACAUACUCAAUGAGCAUUGAGGUGUGAAAUCUCAUUAACAGUUUACAACGUGCUGCCCAAUGAGAUAGGAAUAGAAAGGUCUAAUUCUCUUGUGAGAAUUGUUUGCAUAACUCUUGCUCCCAUUUGGCCAUCAGUUUGUCAGUUCUGGAGAGAUUUGCCAGCAAUCUAUAACACAAUGAAAUAGGUUUAACUUUUUACUGUUACCUUACAGCUCUGGUUGCAGCUGAGUUACCAUCUGACGUAAUAUGUUCUUAACCCUAAAGUUAGUAAAUAGUUUUCUAUGUGGCAGAGAUUCUGACUAGUGUAGAAAAGAAUUUCAUACUAGUUGGAUAGAGGAGACCCCUAAGAUAACUUCUCCAUCCCAGGUGGAGAGAGGUAGGUCUGGAGAAUACAUUUUUAGAGUGCCUAUGGGGCUAACAACAAUAAAUGUAUAUGGGAAAGCGCAGCUUGCAUGCCCGUCUUUACCAGGUCUGUAAGUAGAACCUUGUAGUCAACAACAUACUUGGAAGAAUGGGAUUUCUUGAAUCAGGCAUCCAUACCUGCAAAGCAAUAGUAAAUAGAGAGAGGAACGCAUCCUUCAGUUUAAACCAUAGACGGGGGUCCACAUGGCUAGUACUUGGGGAAAGGGCUGAUGCUGUAUAAGGUGUUUUUGCUACCGCUCCUAUCUAUGCCACUCAAUCUCACUGGUAGCCAGUGUGAUAUGUAGAAAAUACUUGGAGGUUUUCUCUUCCAGUUGUAAAUUUCUCAAACUUUAUGGAAUAUAGCCAAAAUACAAGAGGUACAAUUACAGAAUAAGUAUUAUGGGGAUGAUCACAAUUUAAUGGCUCACCGUGCCACAACACCUCCAUCAGCAGUUCAAUUAAUUUAGGAUGGUUUUCGAUUAUAAGAGUACUUCUACUUUUGUUGAUCUAUAUAUCCAAAUAAGUUCAAGAUGUAUUUCUCUAAUCUACCAUUCUAAGGCAUAUAACUGUUUACGGGAAUGCAGUUUAGUUUUAAGAAUACUUAUUGGCAAAGCUUGGGAUUUUCCCAAAUUGUUGAUGUAGAAAGUAACUUCACCAUAAGACGUUACAGGCCUGAUUAUGUGUGGGAGUGAGUUUGCCGGACAAGGGAGGAUGAGAAGGAUGUCACCUGCAAGUAGAUAUUAUACAUGCCAGAGAUGGAUGAAUCAAGUUUAAGAUGAUGAAGUAAAGGCUCUAGUGCAAGAAUGAAUAUUAAAGGAUAAAGGGGACAACCUUGACAUGUGCCAUUGGAGAUAGAUUAUGGUUUCUCCAACAAUAUUGAUAACCAGUGGCAGUUUACACUGAUCGUCCACAACAUUAAAACCACCUGCUUAAUAUUGUGCCUAAUAUCAAAAACGCUCAAGUCAUGGUCUCCACUAGACCUCUGAAUGUGUCCUGUGGUAUCUGGCACCAAGAUAUUUGCAGUAGAUCUUUUAAGUCCAAAAAGUUGCGAGAGGCCUCCAUGGAUUGAAUUGUUGUUCUCGCACAUCCCACAGAUGCUCAUUCAUAUUGAUAUCUGGGAAAUUUGGAGGCCAAACCAACACCGUGGACUCUUUGUCAUGUUCGUCACACUAUUCCUGAACAAUUUUUGCAGUGUGGCAGGGUGCAUUAUGCUGUUGGAGGGGGCCUCUGCCAUCAGGGAACACCAUUGUCAUAAAGGGGUGGAUGUGGUCUGCAAAAAUCUCUAGGUAGUUGGUACAUUUGAAAGUAACAUCCACAUGAAUGUCAGGACACAAGGUUUCCCAGGCUGCCAUCUUCCCAUACAGCAUCCUGCUGCCAUCUCUUCCCAGCCAUCCACCUGAUAUAUAGGAAAAUGUGAUUUAUUAGACUAGGCAACUUUCUUCCAUUGCUCCAUGACAUUCUGACACUCACAUCCCCAUUGAAGUCGCUUUAAGCAGUGGACAGGGGUCGUCUCCGGCACUCUGACUGUUCUGCGUGCGAUACACUAGUAUCCUGACACCUUUCUAUCGUGGCCACCGUUACAUUUUUCAGAAAUGUGAACUACAGUAGCUCUUCUGUGUAAUACGACCAGACAGACUAGUCUUCGCUCCACGCGUGCAUCAAUGAGACUUGGGUACCCAUGACCAAUAAACCGGUUCACCAGUUGUCCUUACCUGCCCCACUUCUAGUAUCUACUAACCACUGCGUACAGGGACACACCACAGACUUGCCUUUUUGGAGAUGCUCUUACCUAGUUGUCUAGCCAUCACUAUAUGGCCCAUGUCAAAGUCUCUCAAAUCUUUUUGCGUGACCAUUUUUCCUGCUAACAACACAUGAAAUUUGAGAAAUGACUGUUCACUUGCUGCCUAAUAUAUCCCACCCCUUGGCAGCUCCUAUUGUGAUGAUAUGUUAUUCACUUCACCUGUCAGUGAUUUAAUGUUAUGGCAGAUCAGUGUAGUAAUGCCGGAUUUGGAUGGAAAUUCAUUAUUAUCAUUAAUAUCAUUAUUACAGUAGCAGACAAGCCUAGUAUUGUGCCCCUGAAAUAGUACGCCCUGUUUGGUUUUAGUCGAGUUCUUCCACUCAACAAAUCUGUUGUGGAAAUUUCAUAUUUUGAAAUGUCAAUUUAACACAGUGUAAGGUUUUGGAAGAAUUAAUUACAUUUUAAAUUGAAUGUAAUAUACUCCCUUUCCUCUUUUGUUAAAAGAUGUGUUCACACACCUUUCCUGUUUUUUAGAAAGAAAAUUGUAUAAUUUUGUAUCUGUUUUCUUGCCAAAGAUAUUGGAACAAAAUAAUAGAAAAUGUUUGGAAUAUCUAGCCAUAGAAGAUUAUUCAUUUUUUUUUAUCUUUGUAUAGAUUUUCUAUACAAUAUGUUAUUCUUACAGUAAUAGUUCUUGAGCUUUUCUUAGAUUCUUAAUACGCAAUCUCUUUUACUUCAGGUAUGUUUUGGGUAUGGAAUUAAACAAUGUCAUUUUGUUACAAGACAUGUCAGUUCAUACAUUUAUUACACGUGUUAUAAGAUGUGUCCGUUCAUACAUUUAUGUGUGUAGAUGAAAUUAAUAUUGAGGAGUGGGAACUCUUAUGUCCCUUAGUAUAUAGCCAGGUGCCUCGGAGCCCUCCUCAAAAGAAGGUAUGUGAUCAUUACACUGCUUUCUCUUGAGUAUUAAACUCUCACCAAUAAAUAUUGGCUCCCAUCACUUUUUAGUUUAGCAUUUUUGUGGAAAGGAGGUUUCAGCUGCAGGUAGAUCAGACUACCUUCUAACUUGGGUUCUUUUGUAAGAGUUUUUUUUAUUUUUAUAUUGGUUUGCCUCUCUACAUCAAGGUGCAGACAAUUUUUUGCCAGGGCAGAGGUCAGUCCUGAGCAGUAAAUUCUACCAUGUGUGUAUGCACAGAAUAGAAAUACAAUAUUUGUCUACUAAUACAUUUAGUCUGUGUCUAACCAUCACACCUUAUUCUCUAAUAAUCCUUGAAUUAUUGCCAGGGAAUUGCACUUUUGUCAAGGAAAUUGCAUAUUUUAGACCAAAGUUGCGAGCUGAGUUGGAUAAAUUCCCAGUUUGGCUAUUUUGACCUAACAUUCUUUUGCUAAUAUUGCUUUUUUCCCUUAAGUAAUUUCUUUCUUUUUGCUCCAUAUAGGCGCUAUUUUAAACGUGUUUUAGUAGCAGCUCGUCCUAGGAAUUCUCAUAUGGUGCUUAAGUGCUUUAAGGACAUACCGCUUGAAGGCUUGGAACAGCUUCUCCCUGUGAUAAAAGUCCGCACAUCCAGCUUUGAUCGCACUUUGAUUAACACCAUGCUUGUGGUCAGCGGAUGUAUUGUUUUUGUCAAUGUGGGCAUGGUGGUGCUCACAGAUCUGAAGAUUGGCAUGUCCCUACUUUUAUUCUGUUUUGUUGGAUUUAUGACUUUCCGAACUUGGAAGGUAAGAUCAUUAAAUGAAAUAUUUAACCCCUUAAGGACCAAGCUUAAUUUGUUUUUCACUUAAGGUUUAAAGCAAUUUUUGCAUUUCUGCUCUGUGUGUGUUCAGUUGCCAUCUUUCAUGUUUUAUUGCACCAACACAUAUUAUAUACCGUCUUUUUAAAGGGCAAAAUGGACUUUAAUUUGAUGUUACAGUAAAAUUUAUGAAAGUGUAAAUUUCUAUUGAAAUUUGCACUUUUUCCAAAAUGAACAAAAAGGACUUUACACAUAAAGCUUUUCAGCAAGCUAAAGUGCUUUAAGGGUCUGGAGUGUGCCUUUAAUUCUAAUCUUAAUCCUAACCCUAUAAAUAAUGUUAAAAGAAUUUCCUCUCCUGCUGUCAACAGAUGAAUUCCCUUGCUGAUUUCAGCAGAGGGAUUCCAUUGCUGGCCCUAAUCCUAAUCCAAACGCUAAUCUGAAACCCUAUAAAUAAUGUUAGAAGGAUUCCAUCUGCUGAUGUCAACAGAAUCAUUCCCUUGCUGAAUUCAGCAGAGGGAUUCCCUUGCUGGCCCUAUUUAUAGUCCAAACGCUUAUCUGAAUCCUUGUCCUAAAAUUAAUUCUAAACCAAUCUUAAAAAUAAAUGUAACUAGAAACCGAAUACUAAACCUAACAUGUAUUUUAAUCUUAAUCCGUAAUUUAAUCCUUAUCCAAAAGGUUUUUCUCUGCUAAUAUCAGUAGCGAUAUUAGCAAAGGGAAUUUGAAACUAAAACAGAGUGGCAUGUUGCUGCCAUCUACUGGCUAUUUUCAGUAUGACAGCUUUAUAUCUUUAACAGUGACAUAGUACUGUGUUUCCUCGAAAAUAAGCUUUAGUUAAUUUUCAAAAAAUGCUCGUAAUGUAAGCACUACCAUGAAAAUAAGUCCUAGUCGCAAGUCGCUUGUUUGCUAAUCUAUGUUAGGUGAUAUUUCUCCGAAAAUAGAUUUGCGGGAUUCCUCUUGUGAGUUAGCUAAUCUAUGUUCGGGAAAGUUUCCCUGAACGUAGAUUUGUUGGAUUCCAUGUACUAUUGAACUGGUCUAUGUUCAGGGGAAUUCCUAGUGCGUGCUUGCUACCGUUUUUCCUAGAGAUAAGACAUCCCCCGAAAAUAAGCUCUAGUGUGCUUUUCAGGGAAAAAUAUUAUAUAAGACCCGGUCUUAUUUUCAGGUAAACACGAGUAUGCCCAAGAGAUUUUUCUGUAUGGAGCUUAUUCAUUAAACAUGCUGUUUAGAUGUGCUGACACCAGAGAUAUAAAAUAGUGUUGGGUUGAGUGCAGAGCUUUGUCACUACUAUGUAACAAAGCUUGAGCUGAACUUUUUUCUUACAAUAAAACAGGAGUUCCCAGUGGUAACCUCAAUAUCUUCGUACUGAUGGCAGGAUAGUGCCUGUUUGGACGGGAUGCUCUGUCACCUCUGAGAGCUGGCAUUGGUAAAUUGGAUAAGUGGAUAAUGUCCAUUGGGAUAAUGUUUACGUUGGCACAAUGAGUUCAGAUCAGUGUGUGCACCCGUGUUUGUGUGUGUGAAACAGGAAAUAUACAACUGUUAGUUUUCCUCUUUUUAUACAAUUUUCUAUCAAGGAUAUUUAAAACCGGUACCCCAAAAUAAUUUUUCACCAGUUGUUAAAUUAACUUAGCAAAUUACCUUGAAGUAGUUAUUACUGUGAAGUUUUUCACUUGUACAGAUUUCCACCAUUUUUGUCAUUGUAAGUCUUUGUCAUGGGUUUAAUGUUGAUGUCUUUCAGGUCUUUUCUCAGCGGCGUAAAACUCAUUCACUGGAACUUGCCCACAUGCUAUAUUACAAAAGUACUUCUAACAAUGCUGAGCUGCUUGGGGCCAUCACAUUGAGGGCUCAAGAAGAGCAUGCAAAGGAGGUGAUCUUAGCACAAACCAUACUGAAGCACCUUAAUAGUCAUGAUAAUGAAGCAGAAAUGGGUAUGUGCAAGAGUAAAACUACAUCUAAAAAUAUUUUUGAUUUUAAGUUGUUUUAUAUAGAUAUGCUACGGUACUCAACCUGUAGCACUCCAGCUAGUUUUAAAAUGGGUUUCUGUUGCCAGGCUUUGAGUAUUUUAGUUCAUCCAACACUGUAUGAAUACAGACUGGCCUCGAAGAUAGUAUUUUACAACGUAUUAAAAAGUUAUAAACGUAGAUGACAAAUGUCAUCUAGAACUGAACCUACAGUCAUAAAAAAGUGGGAAGAAGAUCUUAAGAUCAAGAUUGAUCAAUAUGAAUGGGAAAGAUCCCUUGACAUCACAUACAAAUAUAUACCAUUGUAUUAACUUAAGAGAAACACAGUAUAAGGUACAAAACAGAUGGUUCUGGGUACCGGCAAGACCGGAGAAAUUGAAAGAUAUUAGCAGGGAUUCAGAUAUUUACUGUUGGAGAUGCGGAAAAGACAAAGGCAGUAUGAUGCAUAUGUGGUGGAAUGGUCCAUUAAUAAGAAGCUGUGGGAAAAUGUAUUCACGUUUAUAGAAGAUAUAAGUAAUAAGAAACUAGAAAUAAGCCCAGAACUGGCUCUACUAAAUUUAAAGAUGAAAAAUACACAGAAAGAUAUCCUUCCUAUAAUUUUACAUAUACUAGCUGCAGUAAAACUAAUGAUUGCAAAAAAACUGGAACACAAGUAACAUUCCUAAACUGGAGACAUCAUUAAUCAAGCAAAUCUUCUGGCAAUGGAAAGGGGCUGCCAAAAAAAAGAACAAACAUAGAGAAAGAUCACCUGGGAAUAUUGGCAAAAAAAAUUAAAAACCCUCUAGAAGCAUGUAUGAUUAUAAUCAGAUAAGGUUAAUAAAUAGAUUUCAAUUAGUGACUCUCUCUCAAGGGAUAGUUAGGUGACUUUGUGUGUAAAUGUAAUGAAAAUUAGUAAUUUAUUGCUGACACUGUAAGGAUUUAUUACUCUCUACUUUAUAAUUCUGAAAGUAAACAGGUAAAAAAGGAAAGGAAAAAAAUGGGGAAAGAAAAGGAAAAAAGGGAAGAAAUAUAGAAGUUACUGUUAUAAAGGAGAUAAAAGGCCACUUGCACUUAUUAUUUUGUGUGUGUUUUUGUAUAAGAGAAAAAUUCAAUAAAAAAUAAAGUUAUAAACAUACCUAUAAACUUGCUAAAGCUCGUGGAGCAACUUAUUGCUCGUUCUUGUGCUUUGUGCAGACCACUGUCGGUGAGAGUUUUCUUUUGUCUGGAAUUGAGCCAUAGCUCCAACAAUACUUUUUCAUAAUGUCAUAGGUUGCUAAUGAUAACUAAUUUCAUUUGAAAUUGAUCAUAACAUUUGUAAAUCAAAUCUCUCACAGAUUUUUUUUUUAAUAUUCUUUCAAGAUCCUAGAACAGUUGAUCAAAUCAAAGAGAGGGCGGAGGCCUGGUUGCAAGCAAAAACAGGACUGGAAAUAUAUUUUCCUGCAGAACGAGCUCUCCAAAACCUUAAGCUGUUGGAUAAGACGCAGUAGAAGGCGAUCAUCAAAAUUACUAGAAAGCACAAAUGAGACAUUGUGUUUCAAGGAUUGUGGUCACAACUGUUGAAUACUGUUGAUCAAAAAGUUUAUUGCACUUAUUUUGUUUGAAUGAACCAUGCUGCUGCUGUUCUUGCAUGUUAAUCAUAAUGUAAACUUGGAAAUAUUUCUUAUGAUUGUUCGGUGACUGUCUCUUCUUCUGAUGCUUGUCCACAGGUCAAAGAACUCUUGAAAUAUGUAUAUAUCUGUUCUUGUGGACAGUGGAAAUGCUUAUGUUUUAUGGUUGCCACUGUGCGUCUAUAUUUAUGUAGUAACUCCUUAUAAAAGAAAAAUUAUCCUUUGUGUAGCAACUGUUGUAAGGUAUAGAUGCAAAAACUUAAAAAAAAAUAUAUAUAUUGGAUGACCAUGAUGUUUGAUGCACAUUUGUUUGGUAAGUAUGGUGGUUCUCAAACCAUCAAGGCACCCCUAACAGUCCAGAAUUUUGGUAUUACCCAGUUGUGUCUAAGGUGUUGUUUUUACAACUGGGUAAUUCCAAAAACCUGGACCUUCAGGGGUGCCUUGAGGAUUAGUUUGGCAACCACUGGGUUAGUAUCCCUAAAUAUUUUGUUUUUACAACAACUACAGGCGUUUCAGAGUAAAACUCUGUCAAGGUGCUGGAAACCAGUUAAGUAAUAUUUAUGUAACUCUAAUUUUAACACAACAAAGGAAGGUGGACAGAAGAAGGAAACCUAUAGGCCGAAAUAACUUAUUAUUUUUGGGACUAUAUGUUACAUUUAACAGAUGCUGUAAUAGUGAUCUUUAUGUAAUUUAUGUUAAUUUGCUCUGAAUGUGUAGGAAAUUGAUAAAUCAUUCUUAUACAACAUUCUGAAGAUUUCAGAUUCCUUUUGUAGGUAUCAAAAGGGGAAGGGUAGACACGCUCACCAUUAACUAAAAGACACAGAUUUUUUGCAGAUACCGUACCUUAAUAAAAUGCAUUCGCAGCAUAUCACAAAUUUAACCAGGUGUUGAAUGUUCCAAUAUAAUCUCACUGUACAUGUUUUGUCCUGGCAGGACUUCCUGUGGGUACCCAGGUGUCUACUAAGAGGAAGUCCUGCUGGGAUGAAAGGCAUAGGGUGAGGCUAUAUGAAACAUGCAAUAAGUUAGUGUCUUUUACUUAAAAAUGGCGAACGUUUCUGCACUAUCAAUGUCUCCUGCUUUAUUUGUAACUUUAUGGAGAGUCAUGAGUAUUUUUCCUACCCUGGCUGCAUAAAUGCAAUAUUCUACGGUUCUAUUUAUUUGUGGCUUGUUUGCUACAUUUCCAUUUUUAUAGAACUGUUUAUGUAGUUGAUAACAAAUUAAUUUUAAAAUACAGCAGGUGGGUAAAUAGGUGCAUAACAAUGUAAGGCCUAUUUUGUAGUAAUGCUAUUCCAAUAUAUUUUUAUUCAUGGAUAUUCGUUGUUUGGAUGUGGUCCUAAAACUCUGGGUAUGACAGCUGAUUACCGGUCCUCCAGAAAUAUUCUCUGGCUGCGGGGAGUGUUUUGCUCCACCCACUCGGAUGAACCCAAGAGGUUCUACAUACAUAUUGCUGGCACCAUCUACUUUUGUGAUGGAACUGUUCUCCUACAGAGUUAUUCACAAGAAUGAGAAUUUACAGUGAAUUUGAAAUUUAAGGUCAAAAUAGCUGAACUUGAAAACUUCUUUAAUUCAGGUAUGCUUCCAGUUCAGCUACUUAGCCCUUAAAAUGUAAAUUCACGUUGAAUCCUCACAAGAGUGAAUAACCCUGUUAGUUACUAAGUUCUGUCUUGUCAUUAUAAAAUGUGGCUCUCCUUUCUUAACAUGCACUAAGCCAACAUAGUUCGUGUAUGUGAUUGCCACUUAUAUGCCAUGAUUGGUUGGAAUUAACAGACCGAGAAUUUUUACUAAAUGCAUUGAGUUUAUAUUUUUAUGUUCUAUUUAUAUAUUUAAGCAACUGUUUGCAAUAGCAUGCUACAUAUAUUUUUUUUAUAAUAUAUACUGUGCACUUGUUAUCAGUGUAUCAUUUACCGCAUUAAACAAUCUAUAAUGUAGAGUCUCAUUUUUAUUGAAAAGAAAAAUCCAGAAUAAGACAAUGUAACCUUUCAAUAUGCACUUCUGAUGUUUCAUUAGCAGCCUUCCUCAACUAAACACUAAUACAUUUUACUAGGAGCAACUAAAAAGUUGAAUCACAGCUGUAAACCC